AUGCAACUCACAAUGUCAAGCUCCAAGAUGAAAAGCCUCUUAAAAGGGCUCCGAUACAUCUCUCAAGUAUUUGAAAGUGAAAAAGAAGAAGAAAUACAAAUCGGGAAUCCAACGGACGUAAAGCAUGUUGCCCAUAUCGGUUGGGAUGGACCAUCCGCUAAUGCCACCGCUCCAAGCUGGAUGACUGAGUUCAGAGCUGGGGAGGGUUUCGGGCCUGGUGAAGGAGGUGGAGAAGACGAUUCCUCCGUGAAAUGUACGUCAGAAUAUGGUGGUCGGUCCAGAGAUUUACCAAAACUACCAAAAUCUACGAGGAAAACAGUGUCGGAGAAAGGUUCUCCCACAAAAGAAAUUAAACCAUCGGACAAAACUAAACGCCGGUCUUCGAACAAAGGCACAUCGUCAUCGUCGAGGAGACAAAAGGAACUAGCGUCUGAGCAAGAAGACCUCUCUUCAUGGUCUCGUGGAUUACCGGAAGCUCCAAAGAAAUCGAGGAGGAAGAAGAAGUCGUCGACUAGGUCAGAAACCAUUAAUGGAGGGUCUUCAAGAUCGAAGAGAAGAUCUGAUGUGGAUAAUAUGUCGGAGUAUAUGUCUGAGACUGGUUCGGUUAGAUCAAUGCCUCAAUUCGACAAUAGAGAUGAUUUUUGA